CAAUUCCAGAGAACCGAAACUCUAGAGAGAGAGAGAGAACCCAGUUAGCCGGCGACCAUGAUAGCCUACCUAGAGCGAUUGGUUCACGAAAACGACACCGAAUCAAUACAAAACGACAACGAAGACAACGCAAGUGUCUGCAAAGGACUAGACCUCCAAGGAAGUAUCGAUUACGGGUCCACCGGUUUCGCCGCCAAAGACUUCGGCGGCAUACAAUCUCACAAACCCCUGGCCGUCGUCAGAGCCGCCGACGCCGACGACAUAGCUCGAGUGGUCAAAUUCGCCUCACGGUCAACCAAUCUAACGGUGGCCGCGAGAGGCAAUGGUCACUCGAUCAACGGCCAAGCGAUGGCCGACCGAGGACUUGUCGUGGACAUGAGAUCGACGGAUAAUAUAAUUGAAGUGAAAGGGUUUUACGGCGGGUCAACGUACGUGGACGUCGGUGGAGGGGCAUUAUGGGAAGAAGUUUUGAAACGCUGCGUUCUGGAGUUCGAUUUGGCGCCGAGGUCGUGGACGGAUUAUCUUGAUUUAACGGUGGGUGGGACAUUGAGUAACGCCGGCGUUAGUGGUCAGACUUUCCGUUAUGGGCCACAGACUUCUAACGUGACGGAGUUGGAGGUCGUUACUGGCAAAGGUGAUAUAGUGGUUUGUUCAGAGACCCAAAACUAUGAACUCUUCUUUAGUGUUCUUGGUGGCCUUGGUCAGUUUGGUAUCAUUACCAGAGCUAGAGUUAUGCUUCAACCAGCCCCGGACAUGGUGAGAUGGAUAAGAAUGGUGUAUACUGAGUUUGAUGAAUUCGCAAAGGAUGCUGAGUCGCUGGUGACUCAGUCGGAGGGUGACUCGUUCGACUACGUCGAAGGAUUCGUGUUCGUGAACAGUGACGAUCCCGUCAAUGGGUGGCCUUCGGUGCCUUUGGACCCGGACCAAUCGUUUGACUCGACCAGGAUUCCUCGCUCCGCCGGACCAGUCCUCUACUGCCUGGAAGUGGCAUUGCAUUACCGAAAUGUGGACCAACCAUCAACUGUUGACAUGGCUGUGGAUAGAUUAGUUGGACGGUUGAGAUUUAUAGAGGAGCUGAGGUUCCAGGUGGACCUGAGCUAUAUGGGGUUUCUGCUGCGUGUGAAGCAUGCGGAGCAAGAGGCAAAGGCCAGCGGCAUAUGGGAUGCACCACACCCGUGGCUUAACAUGUUCGUGUCGAAAAAAGACAUGGCCAGUUUUGAUCGUCUGGUUUUCAAGGAGAUUUUGAAGCAUGGGGUUGGUGGGCCCAUGUUGGUCUACCCUCUUCUCCGUAGCAAGUGGGAUAAUCGUACAUCGGUGGUGUUACCGGAUGAUGAUAUCUUCUACAUAGUGGCAUUGCUCCGGUUUAGUCCUCCCCAUCCAGAACGGCCUCCGGCUAAGGAAUUGGUUGCUCAAAAUGGUGAGAUAAUAAAAUGCUGUAUCGAAAAUGGCUUCGACUUCAAGCUAUAUCUCCCUCACUACACCACGGAGGAAGAAUGGAAGCAACACUUUGGAAAUCAGUGGACGACAUUCGUGGAGAGAAAGCUCAGUUUUGAUCCGAUGGCCAUUCUUGCGCCUGGACAAAAGAUUUUCUCUAGGACCCGUCUACCCCAGUGACAUACUACAUGAUCAGUUUGGAAAGGGAUUCCAUUGUUUUUCUUCCUCCAAAUGUUUUUCUUUUUCUGUUGGUUUAGAAGCAAGUUUAAGAAAUGUAAAUCAAUGUCUUGAGGUAAUUUUUUGGUCCUUCAUCAAUGUUGUAUGCCAGGAAUACAUAAAGCCAAUUAGAUAUCCCCACAGACAUGGUGAAUUCACCACCUUUAGUUGAUGAUAACACAGUGUGGUGAACUAUUUCUCGUGCUUCUGAUUGGACAAUUGAUUUUGUUGCUUUUUUAAUUUUUUUUUGUCUCUAUCUGCUAUCAAGCAAUUUGUUUUUAUAAUAGUGUCA